AUGGCAUAUGGAGAUAUGUCAAAUUUUGGUGAAUCUUCACAAUCAAAAAAGCCUAGAGUUAAUUGGAAAAAAGAAAAUAUGGUGAAAACAUUUAUCGAGUCUUGUUUGCAUGAGAUCUCCGUAAAUGGGCAAGAAAGGGGUAGCCUUAAGGCAGUUUCUUGGAAGAAUGUGGUAGAAGUGCUACAAAAGAAUCAUAAUUUUGUUGUUGAACAACGACAAAUGAAAAACCAUUAUGAUUACCUCAAAGGAAAGUAUGGAGCAUGGGCAAAGUUAAGAAACAAGACGGGUAAUGUUUAUGAUGCAUCAACAAACAUGUUUAAUCUGUCAGAAGAGGAAUGGCAGAUAGAAAUGAAGUUGCGGACUGCACCUCUUCUCUUUCCUCAACUUUGUAUUCAAUUGCUUGAUGGCGUGACUUCCAUUGGUGUUGGAACUUGGGGACCAACUGCUACUGUUCCAAACCCUUCUAGUGUGACUCCUGAAAUUGGUGAAGAUUAUGACACACAAGACUAUUAUGAUCUAACACAAGAACACUUCCUUCGGAAGAAGAGAUUGUUUUUCGUCCUUAACCUUAAAGGAAAAAGCAAAGAGGAAAACAACGUUCCACAAAUGAGGAUGAUAUAG